AGAACCCAUUUUCGAGCAAUUGAAUUUCUCUCAUCCAAAAGCAAUAAUGUUCUUAAUUUCAUGCUUUCGAUUUUCUCAACCAAUCUAAUCUAACGCUGCAUGGAAAUGCAUGCAUGCUACUAUAGAAUUAAUUUUCUCCUCCUCCUCUAACAACAACAAAGGAAGAGACGUACAAGUUGUGCAUGCAUUAAUCGCAUGAAUUCCAGCACGUGAUCAACCACAUGAAUGUGAAAGAGGAAGGAACAUUAAUCAGCAUCGGCAGAGAUGACAGGCCAUCAAAAUGACUACACCAAUUACACUGUGAUGAUGCCUCCCACGCCGGAUAACCAACCCGGAACCUCGGACUCCAAACAUGAUGGUGCAGGUGGGACAACGUACGGAACAACAAGGUUUGCCUCCGAGUCACAACAAGAAGGUGGUGGCCCCAAGAUGGAAAGAAGGAUGUCUUCUGUGUUGAGUUCAGUGAAUAACAAGUCCAUGUUGUUGAGGAGCCAGACCCAGGAUUUUGAUCACAACCGCUGGUUGUUUGAGACCAAAGGGACUUAUGGGGUUGGGAAUGCUUUUUGGCAGGAUGAUCACAAUUAUUUUGGCGAUGAGGGAGUCAACAUGUCAGAUUUCAUGGACAAACCUUGGAAACCUCUAACUAGGAAAAUUAAAAUUCCAGGGGCUAUACUUAGCCCUUACAGGUUGUUGGUGGUUAUCCGUAUAGUAAUCCUAGCUUUCUUUCUAGCAUGGCGAAUUCGGAACCCCAACUAUGAUGCAAUGUGGUUGUGGGGAAUAUCAAUAGUUUGUGAGAUUUGGUUUGCAUUCUCUUGGCUUCUUGACAUCCUCCCAAAACUGAACCCAAUAAACAGAAGCACAGACCUUGCUGCAUUGCAUGACAAGUUUGAUCAACCAUCUUCUACCAACCCUACUGGUCGCUCAGACUUGCCUGGCAUUGAUGUGUUCGUGUCCACUGCUGAUCCUGAGAAGGAGCCACCUCUUGUCACUGCCAACACCAUUCUUUCCAUUCUUUGUGCAGACUAUCCAAUUGAAAAACUUGCAUGCUAUAUUUCAGAUGAUGGUGGUGCCAUACUCACAUUUGAAGCCAUGGCUGAAGCUGUCAAAUUUGCUGAGGUAUGGGUACCCUUUUGUCGGAAACACAACAUUGAGCCAAGGAAUCCUGAUGCUUACUUCAACUUGAAGAAAGACCCCACAAAGAACAAGAAAAGGCCAGAUUUUGUGAAGGAUCGCAGAUGGAUCAAGAGAGAGUAUGAUGAAUUCAAGGUGAGAAUCAAUGGACUUCCUGAGUUAAUACGUAAAAGAAGUAAAAUGCACAACUCUAAGGAGGAGAAGAAAGCAAAGCAAUUAGCUAAGGAGAAAAAUGGUGGAACUCUACCAACAGAUUAUACCAGUGAAGUACCUAAGGCUACAUGGAUGGCUGAUGGCACUCACUGGCCAGGGACCUGGUACAGCCCUACACCUGAUCACUCUAAGGGUGACCAUGCUGGAAUCUUGCAGAUAAUGAGUAAGGUCCCAGAUCAUGACCCAGUAAUGGGCUUUGCAGAUGAGAAAAAGCUAGAUUUCACAGGCAUAGACAUCAGGGUUCCAAUGUUUGCAUAUGUAUCCAGAGAGAAGAGACCAGGGUAUGAUCACAACAAGAAAGCAGGAGCAAUGAAUGCUAUGGUUCGAGCCUCGGCUAUUUUGUCCAAUGGACCAUUUAUACUCAAUUUGGAUUGUGACCACUACAUCUACAAUUCCCUUGCUAUGAGGGAGGGAAUGUGCUUCAUGAUGGACCGUGGUGGUGAUCGCGUUUGCUACAUACAGUUUCCACAAAGAUUUGAAGGGAUUGAUCCGUCUGACCGAUAUGCAAAUCAUAACACAGUCUUCUUUGAUGGAAAUAUGAGAGCAUUGGAUGGUCUCCAAGGUCCAAUGUAUGUGGGGACAGGUUGCAUGUUUAGGAGGUAUGCACUCUAUGGAUUUGAACCACCAAGAUUUAUUGAACACACAGGCAUGUUUGGAAGAGUGAAAACCAAGGUGAACCGUAAUGCACCACAAAUAAGAGACCGCAAUGAUGAUGAUGAUGAAGCUAUGCAACCCCUGACAUCUGAUUCAGAAAUGGGUUAUCCACAAAAGUUUGGAAGCUCAACUAUGUUCACAGAAUCCAUAGCUGUGGCUGAGUUCCAAGCAAGGCCACUUGCUGAUCACAAAUCUGUGAAGAAUGGAAGACCACCUGGAGCUUUGAUCGCACCACGUCCACCGUUGGAUGCCCCCACUGUUGCAGAGGCAAUUGCUGUCAUCUCAUGCUGGUAUGAGGACAAGACAGAAUGGGGGGACAGAAUAGGUUGGAUUUACGGGUCAGUGACAGAGGAUGUGGUGACAGGUUACAGGAUGCACAACCGUGGGUGGAGAUCAAUAUACUGCAUCACAAGGAGAGACGCUUUCCGCGGCACAGCACCUAUAAACCUCACUGAUCGCCUCCACCAAGUGCUGAGAUGGGCCACAGGCUCUGUGGAGAUCUUCUUCUCAAGAAACAACGCCUUUUUCGCGAGCCGGCGCCUCAAGUUCUUGCAGAGAAUUUCCUACCUCAACGUUGGAAUCUACCCCUUCACCUCAGUGUUUCUGGUUGUAUAUUGCUUCAUACCUGCCCUCUCCCUUUUCUCAGGACAGUUCAUAGUCUCAGGCUUGAAUACAGCUUUCCUCAUCUAUCUUUUGCUCAUCACAAUUUGCCUCACACUUAUAUCCCUCCUUGAAGUGAAGUGGUCAGGGAUUGCCCUUGAGGAAUGGUGGCGCAAUGAACAAUUUUGGGUCAUUGGUGGAACUAGUGCUCACCUUGUUGCUGUCAUACAAGGCUUGCUAAAGGUAGUGGCAGGCAUAGAGAUUUCAUUUACCUUGACAUCUAAGUCAGCUGGAGAGGAUGAAGAGGAUGUCUAUGCUGAUCUCUACAUUGUGAAAUGGACCAGUCUCUUCAUCAUGCCACUCACAAUUCUCCUCAUUAACUGCAUUGCCUUGAUCAUGGGGAUUCUAAGGACAGUGUAUAGUGUGAUACCUGAGUGGAACAAGCUCCUGGGGAACAUGUUCUUUAGCUUCUGGGUGCUGUCUCAUAUGUACCCUUUUGCCAAAGGGUUGAUGGGUAAGAGAGGAAGGGUGCCCACAAUUAUUUAUGUGUGGUCAGGGAUUCUCUCCAUUACCAUUGCACUGCUUUGGAUCACAAUUGAUCCUCCAAGUGACACUCUCCAAUCAGGAAGUAUUGAUGUAUGAAAAGUGUGCAGUUGGAAGCAUGAAGAUAUGUGCUGCAAAGAGUUUUGAACAAAACAUGCAUUGUGACAAACUAAGCAAAAAUAAAGGACUAAAUGGAAAUGCAAAGGAAGAGAUAGCUGGCUUAUGAAGGUGAUAAGAAGUGUACAAUAGAGAAGUUCUUUAAAAAUUGCUCAUGAUCUGUAUAAAUGUUUUUAUGUUUAUUUAUAAAUCUGUAAAUUUUCUUUGAGAAAGUAGACAGAAAUCAGGGAUAGAUGGCGCCUUUUUCUUCAACUUUU